UCUCAAUAUAAAUUGGAUCAAACCAACCGCUUAGUCAGAGUAUUCUUUGGACAAUCGUAGCACGACGCCGGAAAAAUGACUGCACUUUAUUAUGUGAGCAUCUUCUUGGUACUACUUAUCGAUCGUUGCCAAUGUGCUACAACCGCACAGAUUAUAUGCGAUUCAGAGGGAGUCGUGGGCAUGUAUCCCAAUCUGGAUGACACAAGUUGCAAACAAUAUGUAAAAUGCUUCCAAAGCAAUGGUGUUUUGACUGGAGCCUUUUACAACUGUACUGGAUCGACGGUUUUCAAUCCGAAUACACAAUAUUGCACAACAACGUACACUUGUUCAGUAACAACUACAACAACGACGACAACAACUACAACCACGACAACGACUCCGGAAACUACAACAAUUGAGACGACAACGACUCCGGAAACAACCACCAUUGAGGCGACUACGACUCCAGAAACAACCACUCCAGAAACUACUUCGACAACGACAUCAGCACCCAUUUCUGCGCAAAACAUCUGUGAUUCUCAGACCGUUGUCGGUCGAUAUCCUAACCCGGAGGACAAAAGUUGCAAACAGUACGCUUAUUGUAUCGAAAAUAACGGUUCAAUGACUGGUUCAUUUUAUACUUGCACUGGUACAACUUUGUUCGAUCCUAGCCUUCAACAGUGUUCCACUGGUUACACAUGUAAUAACUAAACGAGUCGCUAGCUGUCCUAAUGUUUCAAGUCAAAUAAAAUUGCAUUCGAAU